AUAAAAUGCAUCAUUUGCAAAACUGAUCAUUUUACAGAGGAGAAAAAGCAGCAUACGGGGUUUUUCUGAACAAAAUGUAAAUAUUGGACGAGAUCUCGCGAGAUUAGGAUUCCCCGUCCUUCCACAGCACCACGCUAUUUAUUCUAUUUUCUUUUGGCUGCCUUUUGGAGCUUGCCAUUCGCCUGAUUUAUGAGACUCACACCGGGGUGUAUAUAGCAGAUGUCCUAAAGUGACCUGUCAACAAUUUGGAACUUGCCAGGCCAAUUUGUUUCGACCUGCAACAUUUACAACAUGGAUGCGGCGGCACGAGUGCUCCACGCGUGGCUUACACAAUAUAGCUCGCGAGUCAAGAUGGGCUCGCUAUUUUAAUUAUUUGCGUUAACGCUGACUUAAUGUUUAAUUUAAUAGAUAAGUAUUUACAUUUUGUUCAACCAUCCAGUAAGAGGAAAGAAGUGUAUCUCCUGUUACAUUUUCUUAUAGGCUGCUCGUGCUCAACAACUACCCGAUUCUUGCUGCACGGGGAAUUGGAACCAGUCAGAUCCAAUAUUGGGCCCAGAAGCACGUAACACAACCAGUUAAUGGAAAUCCAGAUCAAGUCUGUCACGUGGAUGUGACAGCUAUUGAGCAAUCCAAAGUCCAUGUCAUAGCUUUGCACGAGUCUUCAACGCAACGUGUUAUUUUUUAUUAUGUCUUUUAAACAAACUCUUGGACAGGACAGGACUCUUUUUGGACGAGGCCGAAUCAUGCAGAUCAGCCUUUGGAGUAUCCUCAUUGUUUACUCGCUUGGUCUUCUUGGCUAUUACAGCUGUUUGUUCAACAAAUCCCGUCCAAGUAUACCAAAGAUUGCCAAAUACUUUGGCACAAAAGGACGCUAUGAAGAAGUGAACCCCUAUCUUUUGGACGAUAUCCUGGCUGUCAACACAUCCAUCCUGCAGCCUCCCUUUCCAAAAUGCCGUCCCGUUCAUCUGACCGCUAUUAUAAGACACGGCACGAGAAACCCGACAAGCCCAAUCUUCAAGGAAAUGCAAAGGUUUUACAAGGCGGUCAAAAGUGCCGCGCCCGCCAAAGAGAGCUGGGCGUGUGAUAUCCAGACCCGAUGGAAGAUGUGGUAUCCCGAGAACACGGACGGUCGGUUAACCCAGAAAGGCGUGGAUGAUCACAAACAUCUGGCAGUCAGGCUGUCCAAGCUGUUCCCCACAGUGCUCUCGGAGGAGAACCUUCGCGGGGGAUUUGUGAAGUUCAUAAGCAGUUCUAAGCACAGGUGCAUCAACAGCACUUUGGCCUUCAUGGCCGGACUGACAGAGCUGUGGGAUAUUCCAGAUCAGACGUUUGACUACGAGGUGAACGACGCACUCAUGAAGUACUUCAAUCUCUGCCCCAAGUUUCUGAACGAGGUUGUCAACAACCCUUUAGCCCUAUCGGAGGUGGACGAGUUCAAAAAGGGGCCGGAGAUGAGGAGGGUCCGGGAGAAGAUAGCGAAGCAACUCAGAGUCCCCGCCAAGAACAUCACAGCCGACAUGGCCGACGCCGCAAUGAACCUUUGUGCUUAUGAGUUGGCCAUCAAGAGCAUCAACUCUCCCUGGUGUCAGAGCUUGGAUGAGGAUGACGCAAUGAUUGUGGAGUAUGCGAAUGACUUGAGGCAAUUCUGGAAGAGAGGCUACGGUCAUGAAAUUAACAGAAAGUCCAGCUGUAUUCUUUUCCACGAUGUCUUCAGUCGUCUGGACAAAGCAGUCAGCGAAAUGAAGUCCGGCCAGCAGGUGACCGAAGUCGUGACCAUCCAAAUAGGCCACGGGGAGACACUUCUUCCACUGUACACCCUCCUGGGCUUUUUCAAGAACGAUGAACCCCUGCUGGCGUCAAACUACGACUCACAGCGCCAACGCUCUUUCCGGACUGGCCUCGUGCUACCGUACGCGGCUAACCUGGUGCUAGCGCUGUACGACUGCGGAGGAGGAGACUUUAGAUUGCAGCCGCUAAUCAAUGAGCAUCCGGCGAGGUUCCCUGGUUUGAGUGAGAAUCAGCAGGCGUCCAUGCCGCUCUAUAAAGACGUCAAAGAACACUACAAGGAACUGAUCCAAGGCUGCGACUUUGAGACGGAGUGUGAACUUUUUGGUAGACCGAAUCGAUAUUUAAUUAAGGAGGGCUUGUAGUUGCUACAAACGCCUAAAAAAUACAAGCUUGCAACACGUGUAAAUUAAACAAGACACGGACCAAAAUGUUUCAAUUUUAAUGUAUAAAGUGUCAACAGCUUUUUUUUUUUUUUUACUUAGUGUAGUUACAAAAGGAUCAAAUAAAUGAAUAAGAAUGAACUGUAAUAAGAAUCACAUACCUCAACCAAUACAACUGUGCCUUGAGAUUAAUUUAAUUUGUUACAUAGAAAAUAUUCUGAUGUACUGUAGUUUGUACUAAUGCUGCAAACCAAUUCAUGGUGCUGUUCCUUUUGAUGUGCCUGCCUUUGCCACUAGGAGGCAGUAAGUACUCUUCACCACGGUGAUUACAUUAUGUCAAAGAACUCUUUAUUUGAACCAAGGAAUAUACCACAAGCUUCAUGUUCCUAAAUUGAAAGCCACCCUUCUGUAAAAUAUGACACUUUGCUCGAAUGAGGCGUAUACAUUUGUCUGAGGCGUCAAUAAUGAAAUAGUUCACUCUUUAAUUGCUUAAAACUGCUGGUAUCUAUAUAUUUCUGUCAUGGCAAAAUGAAAAGAUCAUCACGGUCACUUUCACUGUU